GUUUAAGCGUAUGCUGCCUAUUAAUACGAUGCCGUUUUGUGGAUGCCCGACACGCAAGCCAUCAUUUCAUUACUAACUAACUAAAGAAGUAAAAAUCCCUGUCUUUUUUAUUUUCAUUUUCUCCGAUAGAACUUACACGAUGGCGAAGAGGAUACACCUGACGGAACUAGGCUGCAUCGCGUGCGAGGAGCUCACCGAGCUCGGCGCGGGAAAAGAAGGGUGGCUUGUGAACAAUCCAAACCUCCUCUCCGCGCUCGAUUCCCACUCUGUAGCCCUCGCCAAUCGAUUCCUCAUCCUGAUCGUGAAUUGGGCUGAUCCCGAUUCCCCUCGCGUCAAGAUCAGACCCGAUCUGUCUCCCAUCGAGGCGGAAUCGAUCACGUCGAUCGAGUGGUUAGUGUUCGACGACGUCAGAGUCGUCGUCGCCGGUACCUCCUGUGGAUAUCUCCUGGUUUACUCUAUCGCCGGUGAUCUGAUUCAUAAGCAGUUGGUGCAUCCGAGCCGUGUAUUGAAGCUAAGAGUACGUGGAACUAAGAAAGAUUUGAUGCAAGAGACAUCCUCUGAGGAGAUCAGCAUCGUGUUGCCUGGCAUUAUUGCUCGCUUUGACGGCUCUAACAUUCAGAGUAUGCUUCAGAAAUGGUUUCAAGAAAAAAAUUCAAACUUUUGGGACCAAAAGAGUAAUAAAAAGGGUGAUCCGGGGGAAGAUACGGAGAGUUUGCACCAACGAUUACCUUAUCAGAUAUGGAAUGUUAAUAAGAAUGGUGUGUGCGUUGAUGCUACUAUCACUGGCAUUAUGCCUCCUCCUUUACUGGAACAUCAGUCAAGUCAACGUUAUUACUGUGCAGUGACCAUUGGAGAGGAUGCUGUAAUCUCGGCUUACAGGCUCUCUGAAGAUAGAGGUAGAUCGCUUGUUGGAGCGAUUCUAUCAAAAGUCGUGCCUGCAGCUGCUUCAACCAUUGCUUCUUUUUCAAAACUGAUAUGGAGAAGUAAUGAUCAGUCACCGAAGCGAAAGCCAGAAACCAAGACUCAAUCAUUCGCUCGAGCAUCAUCCUUGACGUGUAUAAAGGACUACCCGAGGAAAGGAGAGAAGCUGACGUUAUCCCCGAGUGGGACAUUAGCUGCUAUAACAGAUUCUCUUGGUCGUAUACUUCUGCUAGACACUCAAGCUCUAGUUGUUGUCCGUCUAUGGAAGGGUUAUCGUGACGCUAGCUGCGUGUUCAUGGAGAUGUUAGCCAAGAAAGAUAAAGGCAAAUCUGUAUUCCACUCAGAGCCGGUGAAAAGCGAUUACUGUCUAUGCUUAGCCAUUCACGCGCCACGCAAAGGCAUCAUCGAGGUGUGGCAGAUGAGGACGGGGCCACGUCUUCUAACGAUUCAGUGUGCGAAAGGUAGCAAACUGUUGCAGCCUGCGUAUAGGUUUGGAUCAAACUCUUCAUCUUCUCCUUACAUUCCUCUUGAAGUCUUCUUACUCAAUGGAGAUUCCGGCCAAGUCUCUAUGCUCAACCGAUCUCUAUCUUAAGUAACCGUUUUGUUUUCAAUAGGUUUCUUCAUUUUUUUUACACUCAAACUUGUUGUGCAUAGCUAAGAGGAGUCUCUAACUGAUUACAAGAGAAAUUGAUCUAUAAUCUGUUUUCUAAUCAACAAGAAGAAAGUUGCAGUGA